AUGGCUGCCUCCAGUGGUGUCGACGCUGAUGUCGAAAAGGGACAAAUCGGAGAAACAGGCGAGAAAGGGCAGAAUGGCGAAGGACAGAAUGGCGAGAAUGUUGUCGCGCACGAAAAGGUCGACUGGGAUGGGCCGGACGACCCUGCGAAUCCGAUGAACUGGCCGACAGGGAAAAAGGCCGCGCAGCUGGUGCUGAUGGCUGCGAAUACCUUCAUCACCCCGCUCGCCUCGUCCAUGUUCGCGCCCGGCAUCCAAGGCGUCAUGAAAGACUUCCACUCGACCGACACCAUGCUGGCCUCGUUCGUCGUUUCUGUGUUUGUGCUGGGAUACGUGGUCGGCCCGUUUAUUAUCGCGCCCAUGUCCGAGCUCUAUGGCCGGGUUCCGGUCUAUCACGGCUGCAACGUGCUGUUCCUGGUGUUCACCAUCGCCUGCGCUGUCUCACAGGACAUGCCGCAGUUAAUAGUUUUCCGGCUGUUCGCUGGUGUCGCCGGUGUGUGUCCGAUCACGAUCGGCUCCGGGACAAUUGCCGACAUGAUUGUACAAGAGAAGCGCGCUGGAAUCAUGGCCGUCUGGGCGCUGGGGCCUAUCCUAGGCCCGAUUGUUGGACCGGUUGCUGGAGGAUUCCUGGCCGAGGGCGCAGGCUGGAGAUGGGUAUUCUGGGUGAUUGCGAUCACAGCCGGGGUGAUUAGUAUUGGAGCCCUCCUCGCCUACCGCGAGUCAUACGCACCGGUGCUGCUCGAACGCAAGGCCGCCAGACUGCGCAAGGAGACCGGAAACCUGUCUCUGCGUUGUAUCCACGACACCGGACGGACCCCUAAGCAAGUCUUCGUCGACGCCUUCACGCGGCCUGUCAAGCUGCUCUUCUUGUCACCCAUCGUCUUCCUCUUCUCGCUGUUCGCUGCCGUGUCUUACGGCUACCUAUACCUGAUGUUCACCACCAUCACCAGCAUCUUCGAGAACCAGUACGGCUUCUCGCAAUCUCUGGCCGGUCUCGCCUACCUCGGGUUCGGCGUAGGCAGUCUGCUCGGCCUGGUCGUCAGCGGCGUCGUAGGCAACAAAAUCGCACAAUCACACACCGCAAAAGGAAUCUUCAGACCAGAGUCCCGUCUCCCGCCGAUGAUGUUCGGCGCGUGGACAAUCCCCAUCGGCCUCUUCUGGUACGGCUGGGCCGCUGAAGAAAAGACGCACUGGAUCGUCCCUAUCAUCGGGACCGGCGUGUUCGCAAUAGGCCUGAUGACUGUAUUCAUGGCGGCAAACACGUACCUUGUAGAUUCGUAUCUGCUGCACGCGGCGUCUGUGACGGCGGCUAACACGGCGCUGAGAUCGCUGGCGGGCGCUGUGCUUCCCCUUGCUGGACCGGCGAUGUAUGAGGCGCUGGGCCUGGGAUGGGGGAAUUCGCUCCUGGCGUUUAUCGCGUUGGCGAUGUGUGCUUGUCCGGUGUUGUUUUGGAAGUAUGGCGAGUUUAUCCGCACGCAUCCGCGGUUUCAAAUCCGGUUAUAG